CAACGAGAGGCGCUACAGUCGUGAAGAGGUCUGAAGAAAUUUGUGAAGCCGUGCAAAUUCAGUGAGACAAAUUUACGUGAAUUCCAAGGAAAAGCAGCAUCGCACAUCAUGUCAGAUGAUUACUUGAGCAAACCUCUGUCCUUUGGCGUGCCUACAGAAUCUCCAACCCCAAGCAGAAAACAGGCCACACAAUCACUCUCGCCCUACCUCAACUAUGACCCACGCUUCCUGCAGAGUGCCCAGCCAGAAUUCAUAUUUCCCGAGGGGGCAUCAAAGCAGCGGGGGCGCUUUGAGUUGGCAUUCUCCCAGAUUGGAUCAUCUGUGAUGACGGGAGCCGCAGUGGGUGGCGUCGCGGGUCUGUACAACGGCAUCAAGGCGACAAAUUUAGCGAAUCAGACGGGAAAACUGCGGAGAACACAGCUCCUGAACCAUGUGAUGAAGCAGGGCAGCGCCACGGCCAACACGUUGGGCACCAUCGCCGUGAUGUACUCGGGCUUUGGUGUGCUGCUACAGUGGGCACGUGGAGAGGAUGAUGAGAUCAACACGGUGCUGGCGGGCGCGGGCACGGGUCUGCUGUACAAAUCCACGGCGGGCUUGAGGAAGUGUGCCAUCGGUGGCGGUGUGGGCUUCACGCUGGCCGCGCUGUACUGUCUGUGGGGCAUUUCGCGAGGCAAAUCCAGCAAAUUCAGUGACUUUAAGCAGUACAUGUAAACGUAUGAAGAGAAGGGAGGAAAGACACCAAAAUAUACCAUAGCCAAGUUAGUGGAAGCCUCAUGUUCUCAGGUAUUUUUUUUGCCAACACUGUGUGCGAGAAGAAUAUGGUUA